AUGUCGUGGAAGUUAACUAAAAAACUCAAGGAAACGCACCUGGCGCCUCUUGCAAACACCUUUAGCCGGUCCUCUACCGCGUCUUCUCCCAAGCCAGAGGCUUCGGCGGAAGAUGGAGCGCCUCUUAGCAAGACUCCGACGGCGUCUUCCUCUACGAGCUCUAUAGCUGCUUCCGAGGCAACUGCCAAUCCACCUACAGAGUCGCUGAAGCCUGGUAUCCUUAUUGUUACCCUCCAUGAAGGCAAAGGGUUCUCUCUAUCUCCUCACUAUGAACAAGUUUUCAAUUCCCAUUAUCAAAGCUCGGGCGGUUCAUACUCUGCUUCGAUGAGGCCAAGUUCCUCUUCUCAUGCAUCACAUAUCCCCAACUCCUUUACACAUUCCAUGAGGCCACAGUCGACAAGUGGCGGAAUCAACGCGGCUCCGACCAACCACGGAAGAUACUCUACGAAACAUCUGCCGUACGCUUUGCUAGACUUUGAUAAGCUCCAGGUCUUUGUCGAUUCCGUUUCAGGGUCCCCAGAAAAUCCACUGUGGGCUGGAGACAAUACCUCUUUCAAAUUCGACGUUUCUCGAGCCACUGACUUGAACGUUCAAGUCUAUAUCCGAAACCCUGCUGCACGCCCUGGAAGUGGACGCAGCGAUGAUAUCUUCCUCGGAGCUUGCAAAAUUAACCCGCGUUUUGAAGAGCGCCGUCGAUUUGUUGAAGACCCUAAGGCCAGUAAAAAGGAGCGUGAAAAGGCCGCGGCAGCGUUUGCUCAAAGAGAGAAGCAACUUGGCCAGCUUGGGUCCGAGUGGAUUGACUUGCAAUUUGGCACUGGAAGUAUUAAAAUAGGCGUUUCGUUCGUGGAAAACCGUCAGCGUAGUCUGACGAUGGCUGACUUCGAACUCCUCAAGGUUGUUGGGGAGAGGCAGUUUCGGCAAAGUUAUGCAAGUCAUGCCCACAUCAUCUCUCGCUCCGAAGUAGAACAUACCUUGGCCGAAAGAUCUGUGUUGUCACAGAUUAGCAAUCCAUUCAUCGUCCCACUGAAGUUUUCCUUCCAGUCUCCGGAGAAGCUAUACUUAGUCCUGGCAUUUGUGAAUGGUGGCGAACUCUUCCAUCACCUUCAGCGUGAACAACGAUUUGAUAUCAAUAGGGCUCGAUUCUACACUGCUGAGCUACUUUGCGCCUUAGAAUGCUUACACGGAUUUAAAGUGAUCUACAGAGAUCUAAAACCCGAAAAUAUUCUCUUAGAUUAUUCCGGCCACAUUGCUCUGUGCGACUUUGGCCUUUGCAAACUCGGCAUGAAAGACGAAGAUCGCACAAAUACUUUCUGUGGUACACCUGAGUACCUUGCUCCGGAGCUUCUCCUUGGCCAUGGAUAUACAAAGGCCGUUGACUGGUGGACCUUGGGUGUUCUCCUUUAUGAGAUGUUAACUGGCCUUCCUCCAUUCUACGAUGAGGAUACCAAUGAAAUGUAUCGCAAAAUCUUGCAUGACCCUCUUACCUUCCCCGGCCCAGAGAUUGUUCCAGGAGCUGCGAGAGACCUUCUAUCUCGUCUUCUUGACCGAGAUCCUCACCGUCGCCUUGGUGCCAAUGGCGCUGGAGAAAUCAAAGGCCAUCACUUCUUUGCCAAUAUCGACUGGCGCAAAUUGUUGCAGCGUAAAUAUGAGCCUAGCUUCCGGCCUAAUGUGGCGGACGCACGGGAUACUGCAAACUUCGACGCUGAGUUCACGUCAGAGGUUCCCUUUGACUCAUACGAAGAAGGCUCCGGGCUUUCUAGAACUAUGCAAAAACCAUUCGAAGGAUGGUCUUACAAUCGCCCCAUUGCAGGCCUAAACGAUGGAGGUGGCAGCGUCAGAGACCCUGCUUUUGGCAGCAUCCCUGAAUAA